GCGCAUGCGCACAAGCACGCCUCGUUUUUCCUUACCGCGUGGUAAGAAGUUAAUGUGCUGCAUCGCACGAGUCCGCUCUCACCCGGGGAGCACGAGUUAUAUACAUCAAAUAUAUACAAUAUAAUCCGUCAAAAAUGUUAGUUUUAUUCGAAACAGCUGCCGGAUAUGCAAUAUUUAAGGUGCUGGAUGAGCAGAAGCUCCAGCAGGUCGACAGCCUGUGGAAGGAGUUUGAGACGCCAGAGAAAGCCAAUAGAAUAGUGAAACUGAAGCACUUUGAAAAGUUUCAGGACACAACCGAAGCUCUGGCAGCGGCCACCGCUUUAGUGGAGGGGAAGAUCGGGAAGACGUUGAAGAAGGUUCUGAAGAAAGUGGUGGCUAAGGAGGCUCACGAGCAGCUGGCGAUAACAGACGCAAAGCUGGGAGGAGUUAUCAAAGACAAGCUAAACCUGAGCUGCGUGCACAGUCCUGCUGUGGCUGAGCUCAUGAGGGGCAUCAGGACUCAGAUGGAGGGUCUGAUCACCGGGCUUCCUCCUCGAGAAAUCAGUGCCAUGUCUCUGGGUCUGGCUCACAGCCUUUCCCGUUACAAGCUGAAGUUCAGUCCUGACAAAGUGGACACCAUGAUUGUUCAAGCCAUAUCUCUUUUGGACGAUUUGGACAAGGAGUUGAAUAACUACAUCAUGCGCUGCCGUGAGUGGUACGGCUGGCACUUCCCAGAACUCAGCAAGAUCGUCACGGACAACCUGGCGUACUGCAAGGCGGUCCGCAAGAUCGGUGACCGUACAAACGUGGCGACCACCGAUCUCUCCGAAUUGCUUCCGGAGGAGGUGGAGGCAGAGGUUAAACUAGCUGCUGAGAUCUCCAUGGGAACAGAAGUGUCCGAAGAGGACAUCAGCAACAUCAUGCACCUGUGCGACCAGGUUAUCGAGAUCUCGGAGUAUCGCACUCAGCUGUAUGACUACCUAAAAAACCGCAUGAUGGCCAUCGCGCCGAAUCUGACUGUCAUGGUCGGGGAACUGGUGGGGGCUCGGCUCAUUUCUCAUGCAGGUUCUUUGCUGAACUUGGCCAAACAACCGGCGUCUACAGUGCAGAUCCUGGGGGCGGAGAAAGCACUCUUCAGAGCACUGAAGACCAGAAGGGACACGCCCAAAUACGGUCUUAUCUACCACGCUUCUCUAGUGGGCCAGACCACAGCCAAGAACAAGGGCAAGAUCUCCAGAAUGCUGGCGGCCAAGACAGCCCUGGCAAUCCGCUACGACGCUCUGGGCGAAGACACCAACGCCGAGAUGGGAGUGGAGAACCGAGCCAAGCUGGAGGCUCGGCUACGCUUCCUUGAGGAGAAAGGGACCAGACGCAUCAGUGGAUCAGGAAAAGCUCUGGCCAGAGCAGACAAGUAUCAGCACAAGAGCGACGUUAAAUUGUACGACCCGUCUGGCGAUUCGACGCUUCCAACUGCCUCCAAAAAGAGAAAGAUAGAGGAGGUGGAGGAGGCAGAGGAAGAAGACAAGCCAGUGGAGGUUAAGGCCAAAAAAGCAAAGAAGGAAAAGCCAACAGAAGAAGCCGAAGAGGCACAAGAAACAGAGACGCCCAAGAAGAAGAAGAAAAAGAAGAAGCACCAAGAGGAGGAAGUGGAGAUGGAGGAGGAGGAGGAGGUUGUAGCUGCUCCAGCUGAAGAGACGACAGAGAAAAAGAAGAAAAAGAAAGAAAAGAAAGUUGAAGCACCCAUGGAGGAGGAAGCUGAGGCAGUUAUCAGUCCCACAGAAGAGACUACAGAGAAAAAGAAGAAAAAGAAGAAAAAAGUUAAAGAAUGAGGACAAUACAUUUCCCACUUUAAUCAUCUUCAUUGCUUAUGUAAAUUUAUACAUCUUUGGACUUUAUGUUGUGGUCACAUGACCUGCAUGAUUUAUUUAUUUUAUUUUUUAAUGUUUCAGAAAAUCUUCUGUUCAUAGCUCAGUUGGAAAUCAUGAAUAUCUUCACUGUAAACCGUUUCACCUUGUGUGCCCGCGACUUAAUUUCCUUUUAGAAUUUGUUUUAGUUUUAAGAAAAUGAAAUGUUACGUAAACAUGCAUUACAUCAUAAAGCUGAGCUGUCGAGAGAAACGUGUCCACUGUGAGGACGUUUCACCUGUCAUUUAAAUAUAGUAUUUUAUCUCAUG